CACUUGUAUUAACUCUUUCCGAACACUCUGCAUCUUCGCAGUUUUCAAGUGAAACUUAAUCUGUUAAACAUAAAUUAUUAAAGUACACGUCUGCCCAUUAUUUUAAAUCUUUGCAGAUUCAACAUUUCCUCUAUUCAACAUGAGUCUUGUAUCGAAAUUAAUUGGUAAACGGUACAUUUACCAGUCACUCAAAUAUGUUCCUAGUGCAGGUUUGUAUGGCGCUACAGGAUUCACCUUUCUGUGUUAUUUCACUGACUGGAAAUUGGUAUUACAAUACGUACCAUACUACAACACAAAAUUUCCAAAAGAAGUCGAAGAAUAAUCCAAGUCCAAUAGACAAUGUAUAAAACAAUAUAGUGUUCUUGAUAUCUGUUAAAUAAAAUCAGUACUUCUUACAAAUAUGUACCUAA